UUACCGCCUCUGCCUUACUGGGUAGGUCUAUGCCCAGUACCCGUUCGAUUCAAAUGGUGGAUUUGGGCGUGGAUGAUGGACCCACUAUCAUUUCCCCAACUCUAAUCAUCAUCGCUUCUCUGUAAACACUUAUUCGUCAUUACAAUCUCUCCAAGGGUGGCGGAUCUUCACUUGACUCACUCCUUUGUCUCCCUUAUGUGAUUCUCCAGUGGAGCUUUGCUCAUUCCCUGUCUUUUUGAUGUUUGGAAUUUUUUUUCUCCACAAUGGCCUCCAUUGUUCAUGUUGAACUGUGAGGGAUUCAUUCUCAUUUUCUUCUUUUAUCGAGGACCUUCUCAAGUUUUUUGGUGGUCUUUUGUGAGAAUCUAUAUACUGAAUACUAGGGCCUCAUGGUUCUUGUGUGAUGGAGAACCUUCCUGUUGAAUUCAUUGGGAACAUACUGUCUCGGCUUGGAGGUGCCCGAGAUAUUGUGAUAGCCUCUGCAACAUGUAAAAAAUGGAGAGAGGCUUACUGCCGAAGCCUUCAUACACUUUCUUUCAAUUCUAAUGAUUGGUCAGGUUAUCAUGAUCUCACAGCUAGCCGUAUAGAAAUAUUGAUCACUCGAACAAUAUUCCAGACCACAGGUUUGCAAGGCCUCUCGAUUUUAAUGGAUGAUGUUGAUGAGUUUUCGGCUUCAACGGUUAUCGCAUGGCUCAUGUACACCCGACAAACCUUGAGACGUUUGAUCUAUAAUGUUCAAACUACUCCAAAUGUAAACAUUCUCGAGAUUUGUGGGAGGCAGAAGCUGGAGAUGUUGGAGCUGUCACGCAAUUCAAUCACUGGGGUUGAACCUAAUUUUCAGCGAUUCCCUUGCUUGAAAUCCCUUUCUUUGAGUUAUGUCAGUGUUUCAGCAUUGGAUUUAAGUCUUUUGCUCACUGCGUGCCCAAAGGUUGAGAUUGUGGAACUCAUAAGCCCAGAGAUAGCAGUUUCAGAUGCACAAGUGACAGUUGAACUGAGUAGUCCAACUUUAAAGAGUAUUUAUGUUGAAGCAAUCAGUUUGGACAAGUUCAUAUUGGAGGCCGACAAUAUUGAGUUUUUGCAUUUGAAGGAUUGUACCCUUGAACUUUUUGAGCUUAUUGGAAAGGGGACCUUGAAACAUUUCAAGAUUGAUGAAGUAAGUGUCAUACAUCUUGAUGUCGGUGAUGCUGCUGAUAAUCUUGAGGUUGUGGAAAUCAGCAACUUCACUAUUAUCUGGCCAAAGUUCUACCAAAUGAUCUCAAAAUCUGCCAAGUUAAGGACUCUCCGGCUUUGGGACGUUGUAUUUGAUGUUGAGGAUGAGAUUGUGGAUUUGGAAACAAUUGCUGUCUGUUUUCCUCAACUGAGCCAUCUCUCAUUGAGCUAUGACUUGAGAGAUGGUGUGCUUCACUAUGGUUUGCAAGGCUCUUCCAGCUUGGAGAAUGUGACAGUGUUGGAGCUUGGAUGGACUGUGAUUAACGAUCUUUUCUCAGAUUGGGUCGAGGGGCAUCUGAAACGUUGCCCAAAUGUUAAGAAGUUGAUCAUUCAUGGGGUUGUUUCAGAGGCCAAAACCCAUGAAGAAUGCCAGACAUUGGCCGAUUUUACCUCAUCAAUUGUUCAGAUCAUGAGGCGAUACAUGCAAGUAGAUGUGCAAUUUGAGUUUGAGUAGACAUUCUGGCAAUGCAAUGGUUGAAGUGCAAGCUUUAUUUCACAGUAUGAAAUUGUUCUGUAAGCAUGCUUGCAGGUAAAUUACUGCUCGUAUGGCUUGACAUUCUUUUCAAAGUGCUCUGGAAAUUAUUAAUGAAGUCUCUGCUUUUGAACUGA